UUUAUGACUGGUUUUUCCUCAUCUAUAAUUUUAGUGAUCUCUUGAUUGACUCUCCUCCAUUCGUCAAGUACUCCAGUGAGCUGGCUCUUCUUGUUCAAGAGUAGGUAAGAAGUAGAUACUAUCCACAAGAACCAUAUACUGAAAGUUAUUAUUGGAAGAGCUUUCCAACCUCUCAUGUUGAAGUAGCUGAAAUGAAAGGCUAACCCUCAUGCAGAAACUGGUGCGAAGAAAUUGACCUUUGUGUUAAUAAUUUUUUCAGCUCCUGAUACAAGUAACUCACUGUGCUUCUGAAGAUAGUUAACUUCCUCAUUUGUUAGGUUGCUAUACAUAUUAAUUUCUCCUUGAUAAAACUUCAUGAACUGUAAAUCAUCCUGAAUGGCUUCAGGGGCAGAGGCUAUUAGUUCUUUGACACUGUUCCCAAAGGUAUUAACUUCACUCAGAAAUCUUCCGAGUUUAGGAGUAUUUGGAGCUAAAGAUCACAAUCUUAUAUCUGACUCGAUUGUGAAGAUAGGUUACAGGCAUAUUGAUGCUGCUCAAGCUCUUGGAAAUGAGCAGUUGAUCGGUGAAGGAGUUAAUCAAGCCGUUGAACAUGGUGUUAAAAGAGAAGAUAUUCAUGUCUCUAGCAAAAUGUAUAGGGCUUAUUACGAGGACCCAGUGAAGGCAUGCCAGAAGACUUUGAAGGCACUCAGGCUUGACUAUUUGGACCUGUUCAUGGUCCAUUGGCCGAUGCCUGAUUUUGAGAAGGACAAAAAGACUUUUAAGAGGGCUCCUAUGUAUCAGGUAUGGCAAGGGAUGGAGGAGUGAGUGAGGCUGGGACUUACGAAGUCUAUUGGAGUGUCAAAUUUUGGAGUACAGAUGAUGAUUGAUAUGCUGACUUAUGCGGAUAUACCUCCAGCUUGUAACCAGGUUGAAGUGCAUCCAUAUUAUCAACAGCAGGAUUUAGUUAAGUUCUGUGAUAAGUAUGAUAUUACAGUGAUUGCUUAUUCUCCUUUGAGCUGUCCUGCAAGGCCAGUUGGUGGAAAAUGCUCAAAUGCUCUUAAGGAUCCUUUACUUGAAGAAAUUGCUGCAACUCAUGGUAAAACAGUUGCCCAAAUAGCCUUAGCGUGGAAUCUCCAGCUAGGAAAUGUAGUGAUCCCAAAGACAAAUAAUCUAAAUAGAGCACAAGAGAACCUUGAAGCAUGCUCAAUCACCCUCUCUGCACAAGAGAUGAGGAAAAUAUCCUCUAUCAGCACAAACCAAAAGAUCUUCGACCCUAAAAACUGGCCUAUAUACGGCAAAAUUCCUCUAUUUGCUUAAUAU